GCAUGAAACGUCCCUAUCAAUCAAUGAUAAUAAGAUAAGGAAAUCUUUCUUUCAAAGCAUGGAAAAUGCAAAAAAGGACCUUAAGAAAGAGCACAUUGAUGGAGCCUUUGCAAUGCUAAAUUGCAGAAGAAAUGAGAAUGCUGCUUGGUUCCACAACUACAAGAUUCCAAAGGCGUGCUUCCUACCUAUGGAGUUCUUGCAUUGCUUGCUCUCUCAUGAUUUGGCUUACAAGAAAGAAAAGGUCAAAGGUAAAAAGAUUUUCAACGAUUUAUUUAAAGAUAUUGUAAGAGGGAAGGUAUAUCCAGAGAAGACAUGGGGAGAAGAUGUUGAUGUUGUGUAUGGGAUUACUCUUGGAAAAAAAAGCAAUGUCUGGAUUGGGAUGGAAAUUCAUUUGAAGAAGAAAAGAAUCACAGUAUAUGAUUGUUUUCAAAAGGAAAGCAACAACAUUGAUAUUCCUCAAGUGAAAAAGUUGGCAGUGUUGAUUUCUGAUCUGCUGGUGGAAUCUUCUGGUGAUGAGGUAGAUAAAGUGAAGAUGAUUCCAUUUGAGGUUGAGCAGGCACAAGGUUUACCCAAGACAAAACAUCCUUUCAACUGUGGGAUAUUUCUUGUCAAGAUUCUGGAGUGCCAGUCAUUGAAGAUAGGAGACAUGACAAAGAUUAAUGAUGACAAUGCAUUGGAGCUAAGGAGAACCUUGUCUUGUGAGAUCUUCAACCAAUUUGUGGAUGAGAGCUUUGGGAAAUGAGAAUGAUGCAUCAAAACAUUUUUUGUUUUAGUUAAGACUCGGUUUUAGUUAUGACUGUUUAUUUUGUUAUGUUGUUGGCGUCUGGUUACAUAAGAAAGAUUGGAAGGAUAUCAAGUAUUUUUUUUGGGUAUCA